AAAAGAAUGCAAAGAGUUGCUUAGUCUCUUACUAGAUUUCCACAAAAAAUAUUUAGCCUCUUAGAUUAAAAUCUGUGUAUAUAGUUUGUUUGUACAGAAAGUAAUAUGUCAGAAGGCUAUAUCUGAUAUUUUUGAGAAUAAUUCAUAAUUAGAAGAACAACCCACAUUCUGACGUUCCUGUUUACAGGGUAUUUACUGUGCAUUGGUAUUUGGACAGAAAGGAGCUCUAUUAUGCAUUGUGCCCCAAAUGUUGUAACCACAGAGCUUUGUCCAUCCUAAUCUCAGUGUUGGGAAUGUUGUGCAACAAUAAACCUUUGCUCCAUUUUCUUGCAUGCAUGCAUGCAUUAAAAGCUCAUUGCCUAGUGGUUGAAUGAAAUGGUUGCAGGUUCAAUCCCUGCAAGGAGUGAUCCAUGAGCUAAUUAUUGGCAUUUCUCCCACUUCACUUUACUUCGAGGACAUAAAAAUUUUAUUUGCUCCAUUCCAGGGCCCUAAACCAUGUACAAAGAGUUGGCAGUGGCAUUGGGGCUUGGAGCAGUGGUAGCCCUGGUAUUCCUGAAGAAGAGAAAGCGAGUCCUGAAAGCUCAGGAUGGGUGGUGGGGUGUGGGAGCUUGUCCCCAAGGACCUGAGGAUGACAGUAUCCGCCCUUUUAAAGUUGAGACAACUUCAGAAGAGAUUGAGGAUCUGCACCACAGGCUAGAUCAGACCCGAUCCUUUCCUUCCCUUGAAGACAGUCAGUUUCACUAUGGCUUUAACUCCAGAUACCUUGAGAAGGUUGUGUCUUAUUGGAGGAAUGACUUUAACUGGAGGAAACAAGUGGAUAAACUGAACAAAUACCCUCAUUUUAAAACCAGAAUCGAAGGUAUUGAUAUUCACUAUGUUCACGUGAAACCAAAGAACCUUGCCGAGGGAACCCAUGCUGUGCCUCUGAUGAUGGUACAUGGAUGGCCAGGCUCCUUCUAUGAGUUUUAUGGUAUCAUCCCCCUGCUUACGGAGUCAUCCAGUCCUGAUGACAUAACCUUCGAAGUCAUUUGUCCCUCAAUACCUGGUUAUGGUUUCUCAGAGGCUCCACGUAAGAAAGGUUUUGAUACUGUAUGUGCAGCUCACAUUUUUAAUAAACUGAUGAAAAGGCUUGGUUUCAACCAGUACUACGUUCAGGGAGGAGACUGGGGCUCGGUUAUUACCACUAAUAUGGCCCAGCUGGAUCCCAAAGCUGUGAAAGGCCUCCACAUUAACUUUGCUCCCCCUGGACAAGCAGGCCUUUUCGUGAUGUUGUCAAUACUUUUUGGUCGCCGAUUCCCCAAACUCUUUGGCUUCACCGAGCAUGAUGUGAAACGCCUUUUCCCCACUAUGGAAAAGCUUGUAGUAGACACAUUAAGGGAGUCUGGAUACAUGCACAUACAGUCCACUAAACCUGACACUGUGGGCCGUGGAUUGAAUGACUCUCCCGUUGGUUUGGCUUCCUACAUUUUGGAGAAAUUUUCAACCUGGACUGACCCUGAGUUUAAGAACCUUGAGGAUGGUGGGCUGGAGAGGAAGUAUUCUCUCGAUGAUCUCCUGACAAAUGUGAUGAUCUACUGGACCUCUAGGUGCAUUAUAUCCUCCAUGCGUUUCUACAAGGAGACCUUCGGCAAAGGCCUGAACCAGCCACAUGCAAAGCUUCCAGUUUACGUUCCGACCGGUGUGGCCUCUUUCCCUAAUGAGGUGGUGCACUCCCCUAAAUUGUGGGUGACACAGAAAUACCAUAAGCUCAAGACUUACACUCCCAUGGCUCGCGGGGGCCAUUUUGCUGCUAUGGAGGAGCCACAGUUAUUGGCAGAGGAUGUUCAGAACUUUGUCAAGAUUGUGGAAAAGAGAAAGAAGAAAUAAACAGUUCUAUGUCCUUUUAUUCAUAUUCAUGGGACCAAUGGAAAACACCAUUUAGAUGCAUAUCCUGGACCACAACAAAUGACUAAUCCUAAUCAUUACUGUCAAAAACUAUUUGCAUUACAUUAAUUUUAUGUAAUAGCCCUGUCAAUCCUAGAAAUGUAUUAAUACAAUUUUAUUUUUAUUGCCGUUUAAACAAUUAUAUUAUUAUGA